AUGGAAGACGACCCAUUCUCUUUGCCUCUCUUCAAUCAUCAUCCAUCUGCUGCUGGAGGGUCGACCUUACCCCCAAUCCGGACAAACAUAGAUGGACCACCUCAGAUUCCCCCUCCUCCACCUGCUUCCGCUCAUCGCAAUAAUCAGGCCAGCUAUACCGGAGGAAUACUCUCUUCCCCCUUUUCAGCUUCGCCUAGAGUGCCAAACACUGGAGGGGGUAUGCCACCUAUACCGAACUCGCAGAGACCUAAUCAGAGUGCUAUACCAUACGGAUCGAUACCAUUUCCUCAGCAUCAUCAGCCAACUUCGGAUGAGUUGAUGCCACCUCCUUUCUCGGUUCCUUCUAACUCGCACUCACACAGCUACCUCGGAAGAAGCGCAUCAUUGGGAGGAUCAAGGAAGAAGGACCCUUUUGCAUAUAGAUCAGAUGAUGUGGAAAGUGGAUUUGGUAAUAUGGACGUAAGCGAUAAUAUCAAUCCUGGCGGUUUACCCACCAUACCAUCAGCAGCUUCCUCAUCAUCCAGCUGGUCAGGCAACUAUUCCAACAACGCUCAAGCUCAGAGACAGAUUUAUCAUGGGUACUCUGGACAACCCCAGCAACCUCAACAAAGUAGGGACAUAGUCAUGUCUCCCAGUAAAACUUAUUCAAGCAAUACAUCCAUGGAUCCUCCUCCUGUACCUGCUCAUGCACUUCGUCAACAGCAAGCUACCAACGAAUCGAGCUCAGCAUACCAAUCCACCAAUCCAUAUAUACCUAGAGGAUCUGAUCCCGGACCUACAUCUGCUGCUUCCUCAGAUCAAAGUCAUUGGACGGAUUAUAGACGACCAUCAAUCAAUCAGCGAAUGUCAUCCACAGGCUCAUACCAAUCUAAAACUUCGGAUCAACUCUCGCCAUUCGCCAAGCCUACUCCAUUGAGUGGUGGAGGGGAAAGUCCAAGUCUCUCUUCACCACUAUUGAAUCCUUAUGAUGUAUCCACAUCGACAGCGGCAUUUUCCAAUUCGCAAUCGCCAAGUAUACCACCGCCGCCUCAAGUUGCGAAUUUACCUACUUCACCUAGGAGUUGGAACAACCCUCCACCACCUACAGCUUCUUCCUCCUCCAACCGACCGGUCGCUUCUCCCGUUGGAGGAAGACCGCCUCCAUCAACCAGUAGAGCAUCGAUGUCUAACCAAUUAUACCCCGCCAGUCAGCCUGUUACCCCCGCUGGGAAGUACGAACUUGCCCCUUCAAGAGGCGCUUUACCUUCAAGGGACGAUAAGAGGGAUACACCCUCUAGGUCGGGCUUGAGAGAUAUUCACGAUUGGUCGGAUUUGAAGCCUGUAGUGAAUGCUCAACCGAAUGGUAGGAGAGCGGAUCCGGAUGCUCCCGGAAAGUACCUCAGUCCUCUCAAAUGUCUGACCACAGCUUUACCACAGACAUACAAUUUAUGCAAUCCAUCUUUCCGAUAUGAAACUUCCGAUAAUCCCAGAAGGGUCUUGACGAAGCCUAGUAAACCUGUGCAUAACGAUGGAGCAGAUAAUGAGGAUUGGGAUUAUAUCCUUUAUGUGAAUGAUGUAUUGGGCGGUGAACAUGGUGGUGAUAGAUACCUCAUCCUCGACGUAUUGGGUCAAGGAACUUUCGGACAAGUAGUGAAAUGCCAGAAUAUGCGUACGCACGAGAUCGUAGCUGUUAAAGUGGUAAAGAAUAAACCUGCAUAUUUGCAGCAGAGUAAGAUGGAAGUGGCUAUUUUAGAAUUGUUGAACAACCAACAUGACCCAAACGAUCGUCAUCAUAUCCUAAGGAUGCACGAUUCUUUCACCCACAAGAACCAUUUAUGUCUGGUAUUCGAAUGUUUAUCUUCAAACUUGUACGAACUCAUCAAGCAGAAUCAAUUCAAGGGAUUAAGUACGCAAUUGGUGAAAGUCUUCACAGGGCAGAUGUUGGAUUGCCUUACGGUGUUAAAAGAUGCGAGAUUGAUUCAUUGUGAUUUGAAGCCUGAGAAUAUAUUGUUGAAAUCCCUUCAAUCCCCUCAAAUCAAGAUCAUCGAUUUCGGUUCAGCCUGUCAUGAAAUGCAAACUGUAUACACAUACAUCCAGUCAAGGUUCUAUCGAUCACCCGAAGUUUUAUUAGGUCUGCCAUACUCAACUGCCAUCGAUAUGUGGUCCUUGGGAUGUAUUGUGGUAGAACUGUUCUUGGGAUUGCCACUGUUCCCUGGUACAAGCGAAUAUAAUCAGCUAUCCAGGAUAGUCGACAUGUUGGGUACCCCACCUACGCACUUACUGGAAGUUGGAAAACAAACCCACGAAUUCUUCAACACUUCUACCGAUGCGUAUGGUCGGAAAGUCUACAAGCUAAAAUCGAUGCAACAAUACGCAUCUGAACAUCGAACGGAUGAACAGCCUUCCAAGCAGUACUUCAAGCAGACCAAAUUGAAAGAUAUAAUCAUGGAGUAUUCUUUCAGUAAAAGAGGUGCUAAGCAGUCUGACAUUGAUAAAGAAAUGGCUAUGAGAAGAGCCUUUGUCGAUUUCGCCGAAGGUCUGCUAAACAUGGAUCCUAUCAAACGAUGGUCGCCUCAGCAAGCUGCUAAACACCCUUUCAUCACCGGAGAGAAGUUCACUGGGCCAUUCCAGCCCACGGCGCCUACCAGUCGGACAUCGUCGCAGCCAUCAUCAUCAGAGAAGACUGCAGCAUCGCCUUCAUCCAGCAAGAAGUAUGGUGGUCUCGUGCAAAACUCCACUCCCACUCGGGCGCAACGAAUCUACUCCGAUGCAGCCUCGUAUAAUCAGCAACUUGCUCAACAUCAAUCGUAUACCGCUCAAGUGCAGAGUGCCGCCAAUGCCCCUCGACCUGGACCUUUCUCGCCUGGAUACAAUAUGCAACAAUUUCAACAACAAGUCUAUGGUCAAGGACAUCGUAUACCCAGUCAACAAAUGCCUGCUCAGCAAAGUCAGAGACAGCCUUCAGGUCAAUGGCAGAUGCCACCAAUUCAAGCAUCAUACCAACAGCAGCGCGUUCCGUCUCUCAAUGCAUCCACUUCACAUACUCAGCUACGUCAACCUGGCAAUACAUCUAAUGCAAUGAACUUGUCUACCACUAAUCCACCUCCCAAUUCGUAUUACCCUGUUACGCGUAACAGAGCAAAUACCAUCAAUCAGAUGGACGCUAUCCCACCUGCUUUGGCCAGAUUAGUCCAAUUCAGCGCUCAAGAUCCCUCCGGGACUAGAAAUUCGCUCACUCCGGUGAUGAACCGUGAUGAUUUCACCAGGGAAUGGGAGAAGAGACAACAAGGACAUCAAAAACAAUCGUCCUUGCAUAAUGCUUCUUAUCCACAAUUGGAAUAUCUACAGGAACAAGCUGAAUUGGCUGGUUCGUCAGGUGGUGGGAAUUGGUUAAUGCCUGGUAAUGCGUAUUCUACUCAUCAUCAUCAACAAAGUCAUAGUCUAGGCCACGGCCAUGGAAACCAUAGGACGCAUCCUAGUUUAUCUGGAAAUCAAACUUAUCAAAUGCAGCCUCAUAUAGGCGUAUCCCCGCCUACCAACAGUAAUUCAGAGUAUGGUUCGUCAACAAGAAGGGAAUAUGAUCCUUCACCACAUCAUCAUCGAACUUCUUAUAGUGGAAAUACGACGGGUCUUCCUACCUAUCCUCCACCCGCUGCUACUUCCAACGCCAAUCCCAAUUCUGCUUCCGCAGCUGGUAGUUUCGAUGCGUUUGGAGAUUCGAGGGAUAAUAAUGGCAUGGGAAUGAUGUAUACCCCUUUACAACCUUCUUAUGGAGGAGGAGGGGGGCAUCAGGCAAGAGCAAGUUAUUCAGGUCCUUAUGGUUCGAAUAAUACCAACACCGGUCAAAGUCCGUUUGGUAAUCAAGGGGGAAAUGGAAGUCCUAGGUACGGAGGUGCGAGGAGAAAUCAGUAUGGUGCUUAG